UUCCCUUCGAUUGUGUAACAUCGAUUCAAGCAUCAUUGAUGCCUAAUUUUUCUUUUUUUGUUUUUGUUUCUUUUCAUUUUAGUUUCAAAUCAUUAAGUUUAUUUUUAUAUGUUUCUACUUGCCAUUUUUACAACUUUCUGUUGUUUUAAUUUCUUUAUUUUUUAUUUAGGAGAAAGUUGAUCCUCAUUUUAUAUUGCGCACUUGUUACAAGCUACGACGCAAUGUUUUAUGGAAUUUUGCUGGAUUAUGCGCAUAGCACUGAACUAUAUCGCAAAGUAAUCCGUGUAAUGUGUUAUGAUGUUUCGCGUUUUUUGUCGUUUCUGCAACAAAAUCAGGGUAUAUUGAGUGAACAACAAAAUAACCUGUGAUAGUGAGGUUUGCUUGGGCUAGAUCGCCGUCCGGACUAAGGUAUUCCGUUUCAGGUUAACAGCAAGGCUGUCCCAGAUUUUUCUAGGAUUUUCUCCUUUGUAUAGUGGCUGUUAGCAUCUGAUUCACAUGGAUAUGGGAGACCCAGCGCCAGCUGCAGGCUUAGGGACUGGAGAGGAAGCCUCAGACUCUGCCAAGUCCGCCAAAUCAGUCCUGCUGGCUCUCCUGGAAUCAGACGGAGGUCCGGCAGCGGCAGCCCGUGCCAUCACCGCUGGCCAACACACAGUGCUGGGGGUGGUGGAGUGCCUCGAGUCACUGCUGGUCAGUCCGGAGGCGCCGAGCCGAGCGCGCGGCGUGCAGCACCUGACUGACGUGCUGCGCCUUUUGCCGGCUGACCUGCUAAACGAGCAGGAGUGCGCUUUCAUCGCCACGUUCUUCUGUGACCGUGUGCGCGACCACUUCUCCGUAGUGCCGGCGGCGCUGGCUGGCGUCAAUGUGGUGGUGCGUAUGAAGCACCUGGCGGGUGAGCCACUGCGCCGGCUGGUGCAGAGCCUGUACAAGGAGGUGCACGCGCAGAGUCUCGUGCUCGCUGAGCGACGUAACGUGUUCGCCGUGCUGCGGCACGUGCUGGAGGCGCGGGCGGAAGAUGUGCGCGAGCUGGGCUCGGACUUUGUUCUCGGCUGUAUCCAGUCGAUGGAGGGGGAGAAGGACCCGCGGAACCUGCUGACCGUGUUCGCCACGGUGCGACUGCUGGUGUUGGCCGUGCCGCUGGCGCCGCUCGCUGAGGAUCUGUUCGAGCUGCUGGCCUGCUACUUCCCGGUCGAGUUCACCCCUCCGCCGGACAGCGCUCACGGUGUGACGCGGCAGAUGCUGGCGGACGCUCUGCACGACUGUAUGGCCGGGACCGGGCAGUUCGCAGAGUUCUGCCCGCCCCUGGCGCUGGAGAAGCUGAACUCGGACCUGACGCAGGCCAAGUUGGACGCGCUGGCGCUGUUGCAGCGCUGCUGUGGCGUCUACACGGGCGCUCAGCUGACGCCGCACCUGGCACCGCUGCGGCUGGCGCUGGCGCGGGAAUGUCUGACCCCGCGUCACGCGGAGGUACAUGAGAGCGCUCUGCGGCUGGCGACGGCCGUGUCGGCGGCGGUACCCGUCCAGGCCGACCAGUGGACGCGGCCACUGCUGGCUGAGUGCCUGCACCACGCGGCACAGCGCGGCGGCGACCGCCUCCUGGCCGGCGUGGCGCCGCUGCUGGUGGCGCUCUGCGCUGGUGACCGGGAGCUGGUGCUGGGCGAGGCGGUGCCGACGCUGCUGGGCCAACUGGAGACCGGCGGGGACAUGGCUGCUGAACGGCGCGAGACGGUCGCCGCUCUGGGACGUGUGCUGGCGGACGGCGGCGGCGCAGAGUCGGCGGCUGUGGAGGCGCUGCGCCCUCGGCUUGCAGCCACGCUGCUGGGGGAGCUCGGCGGGCAGGACCAGCCGCUGCAGACGGCGGCGCUGGGCGUGCUCAGCUCCUGUCCGUGGCUGGUGGCGGACUCGGAGGCAGCUCCUCUGGCUGGCCAUCUGCUCUCCUUGGCUACAACUGAGGACGCUGCAGUCCGCACGGCCGCGCUCAGCUGUGUGUCUGCCGCCGCCGACCGGCACCCGACCGCCCUGAUAGCCGGCCUGAUCCAGCCGCUACUGACCGAACUGACCGGCGGCUCGGACGGACCGCCCGAGCUGACAGAGCGCCGGCUGGCGGCGGUGGCGGCCGCAGUCACCGGUCUGGAGACUGCCCGCGCCGCGCUGCCGCUGCUACUUGUCCGUCUGGUGCGCGUCGGGCGAGAGGAUGCCACUGCUACCGAGCGGCUACUCGUCACCAUCACCGAAAUUGUGCAGCGGACAGCGACUAUCCCCGCCGUGGCCGAGUAUCUGCUCUCAGAGCUGAAACUUCCUGAGAAGGUCCUGGAGCUGUUCUGCGCUGCGGCGCGAGAGGUGGCGUUCGACCCGAUGCGACCGGCGCCGGACUGCCCCAGCUCAGCUCCGCUUCACCAGGCUGCGCCAGUGGCGGCCGGCGGGGCGCUUCUGGCCGCUCUGGUGCGUCAGCUGGACGCGCGCCGGCAGGAGGAGCUCCUACACGCCGCUGUCAGUCUGUUCCUCAACGGAGACGGUGACCACAUGUUGGGCGCGCUGGCGGAGCGUUGGCACGGCGUGCUACCGCUGUCUCACUCGGCGCCGUGGCAGCACACACAGCUGACCGCUCUGUUGGCCGCAGCGCUGGCCGCCGCCCAGCCCAGCGUGGCCGUGCCGCAGCAGGAUAUCGUCUCCGUGAUGCUUACAAAACUGGCGCUGAAGAAGCGACACCCGCUGACUGCAGAGCGGGCCGGUAAGAUGCUGGCGGUGGUGUUUAACAAGCAGCCAGAGGCGGAGACGGACCAUCUGCUGAAGCGGCUCAUCAAGCAGCUCGAGUUCACGAUGGACUCCAGAGAGGAGGGAGGCGCUGGUGUGGACGUGGCUGAGGUUGCGGCUGUGGUAGCGCUGUGGGGAGCGCUGACCAAAGGUCUAGUGCUGCGCGGUCACAGUCAGGCGGCAUACAUGGUGCGGCGCCUAGUUGAGUGGCUGUCUGAUACCACUGCCGGUGAGGCGGCUGGCGCUGCCUUUGACGACCUGCUGGCAGAGGACGCUCUGCUGCGGACGGAGAACCACUGCACGGUGCGGCUGCUGCACCGCCAGUGGCUGUUCACGGUCACCUGUGACCAGCUGGCGACUGUGUUCAGCAGUGAGGAGCCGCCGGCGGCCGUGCGGCGGCGCCACCUGCGCGCGCUGGGCGGCCAGCUGGCGGCGCUGCCUCCCAGCGUGGUGUCCGCUCAGCUGGAGAGGCUGCUGCCGCCGCUGGUGGCCGCGCUGGCCGAGCUGGCCGAUGACGCGGCGCUGAGCGCUGCCGUGCUGCAGGUGCUGGGCCGAGCCGCCGCCGACUCGCCGGCCGCCCUGGAGCCAUUCGUGGAGACCCUGGCGCCGCGGCUGCUGACGGCCGGCUGCGAGGCGCCCCAGCUGGAAACGCGCUGUGAGGCGCUCCGCUGCCUGGGCCAGCUGACCAGCCUGAAGGCGCACCUGCUGCUACCGCUGCGGCCCCAGGUGCUCGCCGGCCUGGCUAACUGCGUCGACGACAAAAAGCGACUGGUGCGCCGCCAAGCGGUGGAGGCUAGGAACUUGUGGUUUCUGCUCGGCGCGCCAGGUGGUCUGAAGUGAGCUGGUUUCGUUCAGGAACUGUGCCAUGUGGGAACUGGGAAGGGCUAGUUUGUAAUGUUCAGUUACUCAAUGCGCACUUGUUGAAUGAGCUGUGUUUGUUGUAAUGUGAUAUCUUAUGACUGCGGGUGUGUAGAACGUCGACCGGUACACUUAACUCAGCGAACCGACUGCCGGGACAGGGCGUGAGUGAUAGGCUUCCACGCUUUUAGCGCUUUCCAACGCCUCAAAUAUAUGAUCGUCGAUAACACA